CAGCCACGUCAAAACUGACAUUUCACAAACUCCGCAAAAAAAACACACAAGUCCAUUUUUUCCUCCUUGCCUCGCUCAAAAACAAUAAAAAACGAUGGCCAUGUCUCUAGUUCUUCGAAAUGCCUGCAAAUCAAAUGGUAUUAAUUUGCUUAGGAAUGUCCGUGCAACUCCACUUAAGACCUUCACAUCGUCAGCUUUGUUAGCUCCCAAAAAAGAUGCUCCAUUGAAUCUCGUUAAAUCAAUCCAGAGGAACAUUUCUCUGACAGCUCCAAAGCUAUCAGCAGGUGGAUCACAUUCGGGAAUAUGGGUUGCUGAGAGGGCAAUUUCGGUGGCGUUUCUGGGAGUCAUUCCAGCUGCUUUCUUGUUUCCCUCGCAAGCUUUGGAUGCUUUGUUGGCAACUUCAAUUGUUAUGCAUCAACAUUGGGGAUUAGAAGCUAUGGUCAUUGAUUAUGUGCGCCCAAUUAUUUUUGGCAAUGUUGUGCCAAAAGUUGCUCAGGCCGCACUCUUCCUCAUCUCAGCCGCUACUCUGGGAGGUCUUUUCUAUUUCAUCUACAAUGACAUUGGCAUUGCAAAGGCUGUUAAACAAUUGUGGUCCAUCAAAGCGGCUGGUUCUUCAGACAAAUAAUUUUAUUAUUAUUUUUUUUAGUGUUCAUUAAAUAUUAAUUAUUAAAAAAAAACUUGACGAUUGUUAAUUGAA